GAGGCCCGGGGGAGGCCACCCCGCAGUGACUUUCCGCCGUGGGGACGCUUGGGUUCCCGCACCCCCGGUCGCCUUCCGGGCUGCGCCGUCGCCCGUGGCGCUGGCGUCCCCACCUGUCCCCCUCGCGCACUGCUCCCGCCCACCCUGUCCUCCGGGACCCCUCCCUGCGCCGCUCCCCGCGGCGCCGCCUCCCACGCGGAGGCCCGGGCGCGCCCCGCGCAGUGCUGCACCCCGGCCAGGACCUGGCACCAGCGGAGGGUGGCCAAGGCGUGCGGCCCUGGGCGUCGCCUUGAAGCUCAGGCUUUGUCACCGAGGAGUGUGAGGAAGAGGCUGUGUGUGUCAUUAUGUGUGCGUCAGUCAAAUACAACAUCCGGGGUCCUGCCCUCAUCCCGAGAAUGAAGACCAAGCACCGGAUCUACUACAUCACCCUCUUCUCCAUCGUGCUCCUGGGCCUCAUUGCCACCGGCAUGUUCCAGUUCUGGCCGCACUCCAUCGAGUCCUCGAACGACUGGAGCGUGGAGAAGCGCAGCGUCCGGGACGUGCCGGUGGUCAGACUGCCAGCUGACAGCCCCAUCCCAGAGCGAGGGGACCUCAGUUGCAGGAUGCACACGUGUUUUGACGUCUACCGCUGUGGCUUCAACCCGAAGAACAAGAUCAAGGUGUACAUCUACUCUCUGAAGAAGUACGUGGACGACCUCGGGGUCCCAGUCAGCAGCACCAUCUCCCGGGAGUACAAUGAACUGCUCACGGCCAUCUCAGACAGCGACUACUACACCGACGACAUCAGCCGGGCCUGCCUGUUUGUCCCCUCCAUCGACGUGCUGAACCAGAACACGCUCCGCAUCAAGGAGACGGCGCAGGCCCUGGCCCAGCUCUCCAGGUGGGAUCGAGGUACAAAUCACCUGUUGUUCAAUAUGCUGCCUGGAGGACCCCCAGAUUAUAACACGGCCCUGGAUGUCCCCAGAGACAGGGCGCUGUUGGCUGGCGGUGGCUUUUCCACGUGGACUUACCGGCAAGGCUAUGACGUCAGCAUUCCUGUCUAUAGUCCCCUGUCAGCUGAGGUGGAUCUUCCAGAGAAAGGACCAGGUCCCCGGCGAUACUUCCUCCUGUCCUCUCAGAUGGCUGUCCAUCCCGAGUACAGAGAGGAGCUGGAUGCUCUGCAGGCCAAACAUGGAGAGUCGGUGCUGGUGCUGGAUAAGUGCACUAACCUCUCAGAGGGCAUCCUCUCUGUCCGCAAGCGCUGCCACAAGCACCAGGUCUUCGAUUACCCCCAGGUGCUGCAGGAGGCUACAUUCUGUGUGGUCCUUCGUGGUGCUCGGCUGGGCCAGGCCGUGUUGAGUGAUGUGCUACAGGCUGGCUGUGUCCCUGUCGUCAUUGCCGACUCCUAUAUUCUGCCUUUCUCUGAGGUUCUUGACUGGAAGAGAGCAUCUGUGGUUGUUCCUGAAGAAAAGAUGUCAGACGUGUACAGUAUUUUGCAGAGCAUCCCACAAAGACAGAUCGAGGAAAUGCAGAGACAGGCACGGUGGUUCUGGGAAGCCUACUUCCAGUCGAUUAAAGCCAUUGCCCUGGCCACCCUCCAGAUUAUCAAUGACCGGAUCUAUCCGUAUGCGGCUAUCUCCUAUGAAGAGUGGAAUGACCCUCCUGCUGUGAAGUGGGGCAGUGUGAGCAACCCGCUCUUCCUCCCGCUGAUCCCGCCGCAGUCUCAGGGGUUCACCGCCAUCGUCCUCACCUACGACCGAGUGGAGAGCCUCUUCCGCGUCAUCACCGAGGUGUCCAAGGUGCCCAGUCUGUCCAAGCUGCUGGUCGUCUGGAAUAAUCAGAAUAAAAACCCUCCAGAAGAUUCUCUCUGGCCCAAAAUCCGGGUUCCAUUAAAAGUUGUGAGGACCGCCGAGAACAAGCUGAGUAACCGAUUCUUCCCUUACGACGAGAUCGAGACGGAGGCCGUCCUGGCCAUUGACGAUGACAUCAUCAUGCUGACCUCGGAUGAGCUGCAGUUUGGAUAUGAGGUCUGGAGGGAGUUUCCUGACCGGCUGGUGGGCUACCCGGGUCGCCUGCAUCUCUGGGACCAUGAGAUGAAUAAGUGGAAGUACGAGUCUGAGUGGACCAACGAGGUCUCCAUGGUGCUCACUGGAGCAGCGUUUUACCACAAGUAUUUUAAUUACCUCUACACCUACAAAAUGCCUGGGGACAUCAAGAACUGGGUGGAUGCGCACAUGAACUGUGAAGACAUUGCCAUGAACUUCCUGGUGGCAAAUGUCACAGGGAAGGCUGUCAUCAAGGUGACCCCACGAAAGAAAUUCAAGUGCCCUGAGUGCACAGCCAUUGACGGGCUCUCACUCGACCAGACACACAUGGUGGAGAGGUCCGAGUGCAUCAACAAGUUCGCUUCCGUCUUUGGGACCAUGCCGCUCAAGGUAGUGGAGCACCGAGCUGACCCCGUGCUGUACAAGGACGACUUUCCUGAGAAACUGAAGAGCUUCCCCAACAUCGGCAGCCUGUGAGGCGUGCCCCUGCCCGGCCUGCGCGGACGCUGGCUGGAGAGAGCCAAGGCCCAGCCCUCGCUGUGGGGGCCGAGGGGGCAGGUUGACAGACUGGGCCGUGCACCCGCCCCGCCAGCAGGCUCCCUCGCCCCCGGCCCUGUGGCCACAUCUGGGUUCUCAUGGCCUCCAGGGUUCUUUAUGAAGGCCAAGUGGUGGCUGCGGACUUGAGUCCAGAGCAAGCGCCCUGCGCACUCAGUUCCGGGCUGGCGGCCUGACUGGCCUGCCGAGACUGCUCGGGAGAAGCCCACCAGCCCGUGCCCUCCAGGGAACCGUGCCACAGUGCACAGUGCCCAGGCCUCCUUGAGUGGUGGCACAUCGGCGAGCCCUGGCUUUGGUGCCAACCCAGACAUCUCUGCGGGUUCGGUCUGUGCUGGGGGCCUGGGUCCUGUCAGUUCCCUGAACUACACUGUGGUGUAGCUUUUGUAUGAUUAAAGCUAUUUUUUACUCCUUUU